AUGCAUCCACAUACGACGUUGUUUACGCCUGAGUACUCGAACGAGUUACUGCGAAGGGUGCAGGAUCUGUACCACGAAGAUAUCAAACACUACUAUCCGCAACUGAAAUUAGAAAAGCUGCUAGAUCUUCUGGAACAUACAGAGUAUCUGUAUGAGUUGUAUCUGGACUCUAUGCGCCACAACAGGCCAAACGAUGCGCUGACGGCGUUCAUUAUUGGGUGCUACUACGUGUUCCUGAUCAUUCCACAAUCUUUGCAGUUCCAGACACGAAACAAGUCCUACAGCAUUUAUACAGAUCUGAAAAAGAUGUACGAGAAUGAAAUGAACAUGACCAACGUCGUGCUAAUGGUGAAGAAAGAAAUCGGGGUAGUUUUAGAUGAGUCGGUGAAACACGCGGUCGGUAUCGAGCAUAGGAUUACAAAGAAAAGGGCAUUUUCUGUGCCAGCUAAUGAUCUCUCAGGUCAAGUGGCUUCUUUGUCAUUAGAAAAUGCUGGACCGCACGGCCAUGGUUUCAAAGCAUCGUUUACGGAAGAGGACGCAGAGCAAUCUUCACCUGUGUGGACAGCACCGAACUUGGAGCCCAAUGACCAAUUGAAGUUGGCUUUAUUGCCCGAAGUGAUACCUACGCCAAUUUACCCUGAGUCCGGGAGAAAGACAAGUAGCCCAGUGAGACCAUCUGUUUUACUGGAGGACGUGCCCUACAAUUGCUACGAUGGCGGAGCCAGUUCCGCAUCUUUGAACCCAUCGUUUGGAGAAAUCACCGUAGAUAGGUCAAUAACUCAUCGGAAGGAUUCCUACCAUUCCAUUUAUAUGGUGGAUAGUGACACUCUGAAAGAAGAUAAUGAUGACCUUCUGAAUGUCGAGACUGACGAAUUCAUUCAGAGUUUAGAUAUUUUGCAAAAGCAAAGUAUAAUCACCGCGCCUGAGUUGUUCAGUAUUCUAUCGAAUUCCAUUGAACGUGAAAAAAUUUUGCUUAUCGAUUUAAGAAUACCACGAAGGUCUGAAAUAAACCACAUUGUGGCGCCUAAUUUGGUGAAGAUUGAUCCUAACCUAUUGUGGGACAGGAAGACGAACACACCCGUUUAUCAAGAUGACAUAUUGGAACAUUUACUGGAAGAAAAUGAGAUUUUCAUAAAUCGGGAUAAAUUCGAAUACGUUGUUUACUACACAGAUGUGAAGACUUUCAUGUAUAUGAACUUUGACUAUGUGUUUAUCUUCUUCUAUUUGAUGCUAACUUCCCAAAAGACUCACUUAACUAGUGUGCCCACUGCCCUCCUAGGUGGGUAUGAAAAGUGGAAGAAAACUCUACACACGUAUGCUCAGGAGUACGACGUUUCCAUCGAGGAUUACUUAUAUAGACCGUAUUCUCAAAAGGCACACCAACAGCAGCAACAGGAACAGCAGCAAUCAAACGCUCAGGAUUCCUCCUCCAGUAAGGAAUCAUCUGCAAAGGUUCCUGAGCCUCCUUCCUGGAAGCCUCCUGAUCUGCCCAUAAGGCUAAGAAAACGCCCUCCUCCGCCACCACCCGUAUCAAUGCCCACAACUCCGGGAAUCCCACCUCCUUUACCGCCUAAGAUAAUGGUUUAUUCGCAUGACAAUUCUUUUUCUCGAAAACCGCCAAUACCAGCAAAACAGCAUGUUAAAAAACAGCAGCUUAACUCCAACGAAAUUAUUCAAAGGAAAAGACAGCAGCAGAAGCAUCGACAUUACGGCCAACAAUUACUUCAACCACAACCACAGAGAGCAUACAAUAUACCCACUAUUGAACAAAGUUCAAACGUCUAUGUUUCUCUGUCGAUUACCGGUUUAAGGAACCUAGGCAACACAUGUUAUAUUAAUAGCAUGAUACAAUGUUUAUUUGCCGCAAAAAUAUUUCGUACUCUUUUCAUUUCGGCCAACUACAAGAACUACCUUCAGCCACCGAAAGGUAGCAGAUCAGCUCAUUCUUCAAAACUUUCUAAUUCACUAAAUAUGCUUUUCAAUAAGAUGUAUUUGAAUGGCGGCUGUUCAGUGGUCCCAACGGGGUUCCUCAAAGUUGUUAAUCAAUUGCGUCCCGACUUGAAAAUUCCUGAUGACCAACAGGAUACCCAAGAAUUCUUAAUGAUACUCUUGGACAGACUGCACGAUGAGCUUUCCAAUCAACAACAUGUAGCGAAUGAUUACCCGAAUUUGUUGCUGUAUAAUGCGGAUGCACUUAAGGUUUCGAAUAACGAAUAUAAACACUGGUUUGACAAGAAUGUGAUCGGCAAUGGUAUCUCACCUAUUGAUGAUAUUUUUCAAGGUCAAAUGGAAAACAGUCUACAAUGCAAGAGGUGCGGUUAUACGACUUUUAACUACAGUACAUUUUAUGUUUUAUCAUUGGCUAUCCCAAGGCGUUCCAUGAAAUUGAGUAAACUUGGGAGAUCUACCGAAAAAAGAGUCAAAUUAGAGGAUUGUAUCAAUAUGUUUACAGAUGAUGAAGUUCUCUCUGGUGAAAAUGCGUGGGAUUGUCCUCGUUGUGGACCCACGGCGUCUUCUUCUUCUGCGUCUGCAUCUGCAUCUGCAUUCGAAAGUGAAUCUCCUAUCGCCAAGAGUAAAAAGAAGAAAAGUCGGUUUUUCACAUUGCAUACAGGAUCUAAGCGCCGUCAUCUCGAUUUCUUUGGAGACAACAUCAAUGAAAGCAAUAGCAGUAAUACUGUGACUUUCGAGCGAGAGAGAUCCAGAUCUCCCUUCAAAAUGCUGGGUAGCAGUGGGAAAAGAUCCAAUUCUAGCACGCCGUUUGCUAAUAAUAAUAACGACGGUAAUAAUAUCAACGAUUUUAAAAACAAGAAACUGACUACAGUAAAAACGAUAAAUUUUGUAACUUUACCUAAAAUCCUAGUCAUCCAUCUCUCCAGAUUUUACUAUGAUUUAACCAAGAAAAACAGUACCGUUAUAACAUACCCUUUAAUACUAAAUAUAAUACUGAAGAACAAUGAAACCAUGAAAUACAGGUUAUUUGGAGUGGUUAACCAUACAGGCACAUUAGUCAGUGGCCAUUACACGUCAUUGGUAAAUAAAGAUUUAGAGCAUAGUGUAGAUAUUGGACGUUCCAAAUGGUAUUAUUUUGACGAUGAAGUUGUUAAGGCAGAUAACAAGCAUGGAUCUGAUAAGAACUUGAAGAUUUCAAGCAGUGAUGUUUACGUAUUGUUUUAUGAACGUGUUCAUGAUCAGUAA